AUGACGUCAUCUUUGACACUUUUCUUUAUUUUUGUUUCUGCACUGUGCGCCCAUGGAAAACUUCCGCUAAGCGUAAGAAAAAAUUUAAAAAAUAUUUUUAAAGAUAAAUAAAAUAUUUAAAAAAAUUUAUGAUUGAUUUUAAAAAAAUUUAAAUCAAUUUUCAGCCAGAGACAAGAUUUGUUCAUCCGAAUAACAUCGACCCCAAAGACUUGGUCACCAUCAAAGUCAGAGCUCAUGUUUCGGGAGUGAGAAUCGAAUGGCCACUGCAUACAAAUGCCUUUCACAGUUAUGAGUAAGCAGUUUUAAUUGUUAGUUUAUAAGAAAAAAAGAAAGCCAUCGUAUUUUAAAAAUAAAAUCAACUCUUUUUAGUAACCAAAGAUUAAAAAAACAAAAAAUAUUUAAAAAAUUUGUUUUUUAUUUUGUACAUUUUAAAAUGCAAAAAAAUUACUUUUUAAUAAAAAAUCUUCGGAAAAUUUGUUAAAAAAUUCAAAUAUAUUUUUUUAUAUUUAUGAUACCUAAAAUCUGAAAAAUAAAUUUUUCUGUAAAAAAUAUGUUUUUUUAAAAUUUUAGCAAUUAUUUUGUUCAAGAAAUAAUGGAAGCCAUCGUAUUUUAAAAAUAAAAUCAACUAUUUUGAUGUAACUAAAGAUUUAAAAACAAAAUAUAUUUUAAAAAGUUUGUUUUUUUUUGUAUUUUGUACAGUUUAAAAUGCAAAAAAUAACUUUUUGAUAAAAAAUCUUCGAAAAAUUUGUUAAAAAAUGCAAAUAUUUUUUUUUUAAUUUUUGAUACCUAAAAUCUGAAAAAUAAAUUUUUCUGUUAAAAAUAUGUUUUUUUCUUAAUUUUGGCAAUUAUUUUGUUCAAGAAAUAAAUGAAGCCAUCGUAUUUUAAAAAUAAAAUUAUGUUUUUUUUAAUGAUCUCUAAUAUUUUUUUUAUAUUCUUUUGUAUUUUUAAAAUUUUUAACAACUAAAAAAUUAACUUUUUAAUAAAAAAAUUUUGAAAAAAAUAAAUAAAUAUUUGUUUGUAUUUUUUGAAUUCUUGAUUUUCAAAAAAAAAUAAAUCUAAAAUAUAAUUUUUUAUAAAGAAAUUUUAAAAAAACUUAAUUUCCAGCACUGCCCGUAUGAGUGUAGUGGAGCCCGACACCGAAGUCAAAGUAGUCUUAUUCGGGUUCUGGUUGGAGCGCGUUCAAUAUGUGACAUUCACCGUGGACAACUGUCUCAAUUCCAUUCAAAAUAUCUCUCAUACCGAAUUUAUAACGCAAUCCGAGAAAAUCAUCGAAGUUCGGACGAAAUUUGCCGAAUCCGAAGAUCCAUAUCGAAUUUGCUUGAAGGUAUUUUUAAUUUAUUUUUUUAUUUAUUUAUUUUUUUUUUUUUGGUUUUUUCGGGGAAAAUGGGAUUUUUCGUCGAAAAAAAGAAAAAAUAAAACUUUUUUUUUUGAAAAAUUUUAAAUUUUUUACGUAAAAAUCGAUUUUUUCUAAAAAAAUAAAAAAAAUCAUUAAAAAAAUGACCAUUUUUCUCAGAAAGAAUUUUAAAAAAAAUAAUAAUAAUAAUAAUAAAUGAAGGGGAAAAUAUUUUCGCCCAGAAUUAAAAAUAUUUUUCCCCAGAAAAGAGCAUUAUAGAAAAACUCCUAUUUUCUCCCAGAAAAAAUAUAUUUUCUCCCAGAAAGAAAAUAUUUUUCCCCAGAAAAGAGAAUUAUGAAAAAAAUGCUAUUUUUUCCCAGAAAAGAAAAUAUUUUCUCCCAGAAAGCAUAAUUUUGUAAAAAUAAAGCACGGAAGUAGUAAAAAUUGAUGAAUAAGUAACUUUACUAGUAAAAUAAAUUAAGCAGUAGUGUAAAAUAGUAUCUGUGGUAAGUUUUUGAGGAAAUACUGGAAAUAGAUGUAAUCGACGGUGCUGAUUUCAAAAAUGAUUCUCAUUUUUUGUGAUUUUCACUUUUUUGUGGUCAAAGGGUGCACUAACAACCUGUCUGUGUCGUCUUCAGCGCCAAGAAGAACAUUCAGAUUUACAAUAAGAGAAACUCAUCCUUAUUUUCAUUGGGAACAAAAGAUAUCCAAGAAUAAACCAUUAAAGCAUUCAUUCGUACAUGUCUUUGUAUAAAUCAUUAUAAUUCUUACUUGUUUUUAAACUCAAUUAAGAAGUCGUCUAAAGUAAUAUCUGGAAGUUGAAAAUCUGAAAAAAGAUUGGAAAAACGUGGGAUUUCCAACUUUAUUGCAAGUCGAUGCAUGGGUCCCAGAGAAGUGCAUAAUAUUGGAUUCGAACUGACAUAUUGCCUUGUCGUGCUGAAUUAAACCUUUACGGUAUCUACGUCUUCGACGUCACUAUCUUUUAGAAGGUAGUAAUCUCUCAUGUUUUAUUCUUGAAUGUCUUUUUUCCCGAUGAGUAUAAGGAUGAAUUUCUCUUAUUGUAAAUCUGAAUGUUCUUCCCGGCGCAGAAGGCGAAAAAGAAAGGCUGUUGAUGUACACUUCAAUGCACUCUUUGACCACAAAGAAGUGAAAAUCACAAAAAAUGAGAAUCAUUUUUGAAAUCAGCACCGUCGAUUACAUCUAUUUCCAGUAUUUCCUCAAAAACUUACCACAGAUACUAUUUUACACUACUGCUUAAUUUAUUUUACUAGUAAAGUUACUUAUUCAUCAAUUUUUACUACUUCCGUGCUUUAUUUUUACAAAAUUAUGCUUUCUGGGAGAAAAUAUUUUCUUUUCUGGGAAAAAAUAGCAUUUUUUUCAUAAUUCUCUUUUCUGGGGAAAAAUAUUUUCUUUCUGGGAGAAAAUAUAUUUUUUCUGGGAGAAAAUAGGAGUUUUUCUAUAAUGCUCUUUUCUGGGGAAAAAUAUUUUUAAUUCUGGGAGAAAAAUAUAGACCCAUAAAUGAAUAAAAUAUUUCUUGGUCCCACCACGAAAACCUCUCUAAAUUAUUUUUCAUCCACAUUUUUGCAAACCCCCACAAUUUCCAGGAGAAUCCAUACCUUCUCCAUGAAACCGACGACCCUGACGACAUGAUUUUCGUGGACGAAAUGAGGUCCUGGAUCAUGUCCACGAGUGAUCCGCCAGUUCAUUAUAUGCCCGAUGAGCUCGAGUGGUUUAUUAUUUUCUGCCUCUUCGGCCUGUCGGCCCUCUUUUCCGGCCUGAAUAUGGGCCUAAUGGCGCUGUCUCCGCAGGAAUUGGAGCUGAUCAUGAAGUCCGGUGAGCUUUUUUAUUUUAUUUUUUUAUUUUAGUUUAUUUUUUGUUUUAUUUUUUUAAUUUUUGUAAAUUUUUUAUUUUUUUUUUGAAAGUUUUUUAAAUUUUUUAACUUUUUUUUUUAUUUUAUUAUUUUUUUUAUUUUUUAUUUUUUAAAAUUUUUUAUCUUUUUUAUUUUUUUUAUUAAGUUUUUUUUAUUUUUUUUAUUUCUUUAAAUUUUAAAAUUUUUUAAACAUUAUUUAACUUUUAUUUCUUUUUAUUUUUUAUUCAAAUUUAAAUUUUUAUUUCUUUUUUAUUUUUUUAAUACGCCUUUCUUAAGGCUCCGAAACCGAACGCCGUUAUGCGAAGGCGAUUCUGCCGGUCCGCCGUUGCGGAAAUCGCCUUCUGUGCACGACGUUGAUCAUGAAUGUGAUUGUGAACUCGGCUAUUUCCAUUCUCAUGGGCGACCUGACUUCUGGAAUGAUCGCUUUUGUCGUGGCGUCGGCCGGAAUUGUCUUAUUUGGCGAAAUUGUUCCGCAAUCCGUUUGUAUCAAGGUAGGGAAUGAUAAACCUUUCCGCGGAAAGUUCUUGUCCAUUUCUCCGCGCUCAGCCAAGAUAUAUAAAAAAAUCUUUUUGCAGUAGAAAGAAGAUUCUUUUCAAAAAAAAAUUUUUCGCCACCGACGCGGAGAGUAGUGUAUUCGGCGGAGAGUUUUGAUCGCUUUUUUGGUCAUCACACCAAUCUUGGACACUACACAGAGGAGCGCUGUAAAACGGAACCGACUAUUAUCAGUCUGUCGGGAAAAUAAUGAGCUCGCUGUCGCAUCGAAAGUCGCAUCGUCGCCGAGAAAAUGAAUUGUGUCGUGACAAAGUCACAUUUCUUUUCAGUUCAGCGACGCGAUCAGCGCAGCGAAAUUGAGCUCAUUAUUUUCCCGACAGACUGAUAAUAAGUGGUUCCGUUUACAGAGCUCCUCUGUGUAGUGCCUAAGAUUGGUGUGAUGACCAAAAAAGGCCAUCAAAAGUCUCCGCCGAGUACAAGGCGGGCCAAAAAGUCUUGACAUGUCUGCACAGUGCGCCGUCGUGCAAACAAUUUGUCGCGCGGCGACGAGAAAAAUUUAGGGUGCAAUGCGACCCCGCACAGUGCAAAAGGAUUGUUUUGAUAAACGUAAACAACGCACUGUGCGCUCUUCAUUCGCACCCCGCCAAAGUUUUUAUCGCGCGACACCUCGUCGCAACGCCGAAUUCAUGCGCCCGCACGGUGCGAAAACAUGUCAAGACUUUUUGGCCCGCCUAGUACACUACUCUCGCGUUGGUGGGGAAAAUUUUUUCUUCAGGCGAGAAACCGCCCAUCUUCCUCUUUCUCCUGUAAAAAAAUUUUUUUUGGAUAUCUUGGCUGAGCGCCAAGGCAAAAAACGUACAAUUUGGCAUCCGGGGAGUAUCAAAAAUGUGGCAAAAUACCUCCCACUGCAAUGAAAAAAACUCCGUUUUGAAGGGCGCGCUCUUUUCCUCAUAAUAAAAAGAGCAGGCGCGCUUUUGAAGUCGGAGUUUCUUCACUUGGAGAAGGAGGUAUUUUGCUGCAUUUUUGAUACUUCCCGGAUCCUAAAUGGUACGUUUUUUGCGCAUGGAUCUGGCCCGCCAUGGUGUUGAGCCUCUCCUUUUCAGAAAGGUCUCUACGUUGGCGCUCACACGAUCGGCUUCACUCGUGUCGCGAUGCUGAUCACCUUCCCGCUGGCCUAUCCGAUCGGCAAGAUCUUGGACUGGCUGUUGGGCGAAGACUUGGUGGGCUACGAUCGCCGCCAACUCCUGGAGCUCCUCAAGUUGACCCCCAAAUGGGACACCACUCAAGAUCUGGCGGAGGAUCUGAAAAUCGCCGUGGGCGCGAUGGAAAUCGCGGACAAGUCGGUGCAGGAUGUGAUGACCCCAAUCGAAGACGUCUUUAUGUUGUCGACGAACGCAGUGCUGAACAAGAAGAAUGUGAGCGAGAUCCUGAAGCGUGGGUACACCAGAAUCCCGGUCUACGAAGACAUGGAUCGAAAUACAAUCGUGUCGCUGUUGUUUGUCCAAGAUUUGGCGCUGCUGGAUCCGGAAGACAACUUUCCCGUUCAAACGGUCUGCAAAUAUUACAAUCAUGUGCUCAGAUUUGUGGCGGUAAGUGGAAACUUCUUUUUAAUGUUUUUUUCAGGCCGAAACAAACCUCCACAACAUGUUGGAGGAAUUCAAAACCGGUGAUUAUCAUUUAGCCAUCGUUCAGGACGACGAGGAAAAUGCGAUUGGAAUCAUCACGUUGGAGGAUAUUGUGGAGGAGAUCUUGCAAGCUGAAAUUAUCGAUGAAAGCGACACGAUUAUUGACAAUCGGUAUCGCCAGAAGAGGGCGAGAAAAGUGAGUUUUUCAAAAAAAUAAAAAAAAUUUUUUUUGAGAUUUUUAAAAAAUUUGUUUAUGUUUUUGCUGUUGGUUCUGCAUAACGCGACAUAAAAAAAUUGAAAAAAGAUGUAAAAUACAUCAAAAAUUUUCAUUUUUCGAAAAAUGAAAUUUUUGGAAAAUCCAUUUUGUUUUGUUUCUGCAUAACGCGGCUUAAAAAAUUGGUUACAAAUCAGUUUUUUCGGUCUAAAAAUGACUUUGGAACCAAAAUUUUUCACAAAAAAUUUUAAAAAAAUCUUAAAAUACCAUUUUUUUUUGAAUUUCUCACUAUAUUUUCUGUAUUACGCGGUUAAGUUUUUUGCUUGGGCAACUUUUUUUUGCCAAAUUUUAACAUUUCGGCUUUUUAAAUUAUUGUCCUUCAAUGUAACAAUGUAAAGCGUUUUUUUCUGUUCAGGUCUCUCGAGUGGACGCCGGAAUCGACACGGAAUUGAAGAGUAUUGGAGUGUCGGCGAUCACAGUUAUUGCCAACUGGCUUCGCUCCAAUUUCCCGGUCUUCCAGGAGCAAUUCUUGGAGACCCGCGCUUUGGUUCAGCUCAUCAAAAACAACUUGCAUCAGGUCGAUUUUAGUCGCGAGUCCGUGUUGGAUCGUCAUCAUAAGCACCACCAUUUGGAUUUGUACACUCAAGGAGUCAUUUCGCGGAGGUUUAUUUUGAUUCUUGAGGGCGCAGCUAGCGCCGAAUUCGCGGAUUCCAACAUGAAAUUCCAAGUGGGGCCGUGGGAGGCGUUCGGAACCGCGAUUUUGCAUGCGAUUCAGGUGAGAAAUAGUCUGUAGGAUCAUGAGGCGAUUGAUUAUUAAGUUUCUUUGGGGGUGACAUUUUAUACGACAAAUAAUUUUUUCAGUUAAUUUUUGUUUUCUUACGAAAUAUUGCAUUUGGAAAACGUAUAGGUAUCUAAAACUGAGUCUGAAAUUAUUUUUGCUGAAAUGGGCGACAUUUUAUACGAUAAAAUCUGUAAUCCAAAAUUUAAUUAUGCACCUUUCAUCGUAUAAAAUGUCGCCGAAAUCAAUGCUUGCUGUUUUUUGAUUAUUUUCUAUUCAUCCACAUGUAAUAUAAUAAAUAUUUCCCAAUACCAAAAACCACUUUUCAUCAAGUCGUGACAUUUUAUACGAUGAAAAGUAUACAAAAAUUCCGACCCUUGAUGGAUCAUAGUUAAAUUUUUUUUAGGGAAAUGUCUCUGUGACCAAGUUCAAAGGCUCGACAAGAUCAUUGUACAACAGCCACAACGAAGCCGUGCAAUUCAUCCCGGAUUUUACAGUAACAGUUACCACUCAUUGCAAAUACCUUCAAAUCACUGUGCCCGCUUUUCUAGCCGCACUGAAGGCCUCAAAUAUUGUUCGGUGAGGAGUACUUCGAUCUUUAAGCCGUUAAACUUUAUUUUUGAAGUCAGUUAUAACAUAUACAAUUGCUUUUCAGUGAUAUUCCCCGCUUGCCCCACCCAAUUCUCCACGCCGCUCCGUUGACUCGCUCCAAGAUUAGCCUAGAGGAGCACUCGAUUCACAAGAAUUCUCCAGAGCCGCAGAAAAAACGAGCAUUCAGCACAAUCGAGCCGCCAGUUCUGCCUUUGACAAAGGAAUGA